AUGUUUGUUAACCUUCAACUGGUUCUUCUGACCCUUCUUGGGCUGAAUGCAUUUGCAUCACCGGUACCAGCACCAACUGAGGUGGAGGUUACCAAAAGAGGGGCUGGUUUGAAUGAGUUUUUGAACACUCUUCUCGAUCACCUACCUAUCGUGAGCCAGUCUCUCGUUGACGGUACUUCUGUUAUCACCACCUUUGACAAGUUGCUUGGCGCUUUGACUGGUGCACAAGAAACCUAUAACGAGGCGGAAGGGGCAUGCAAGGAAUGGACUGUCGUGUUCGCUCGUGGUACAGCUGAACCAGGAAAUGUCGGAGUCCUCGUUGGGCCACCCUUGUUUGAUGCUUUACUCGAAAAAUUUGGCAGUUCGGCGCUCACUAUCCAGGGGGUGAAUAACUAUGCGGCAUCGGUUAAAGGAUACUUGGCGGGAGGAGAUGCGGCUGGAAGCAAGGAAAUGGCUCGCCAAAUUGAGGCAGUAAAGACGAAGUGCCCAAAUACAAAGUUGAUCGCUUCUGGCUACUCUCAAGGUUGUCAAAUUGUGCAUAAUGCUGUUGCACAACUGCAAGCGACAACUGCAAGCUGGGUCAGCAGUGCGUUGCUGUUUGGAGAUCCCAAGAAUGGACAAGCACUUUCGAAUAUCCCUGCCUCAAAGGUGUACACAGCUUGCCAUGCCGCUGAUGAUAUUUGCAAGAAUGGUAUCAUCAUUGGCCCUCCCCAUCUGACUUAUGCACUGAAUGUCGACGAUGCUGCCAACUUUGCGGCAGCUGCAGCAUAA